AUGUAGAUGAAGAUUCAUGUUACCUGGUAAUGGAGUUGGCCAACAGUGAUUUAAGAGAAUAUUUAUCUAAAAAGAAAGAUGAGCUUGAAUGGGAUAAAAAAAUGGAACUUGCAUUUCAUUUAACCGAGGGAGUUUCUUACAUUCAUAAC